GAACCAUCCUCUUGCGCAGCUCGCAACUGGGCCUUCCCAUCUCAAGUCCAUGAUGUUAUAAAGCAUAUAUCUCCACCCCUAUCCUUCCACACAAUGACCGACCCAUCCCCCUCGCCCCCCUCCCGCGCCUCCACCACCACCUCCUCAUCCUACAUCCUCCCCACCCCCUCCGAGCUCCCGUCCCCCCACGAAUCCUACAGCCCCUCCCAGUUCCUGCAACGGCAGCCCUCCUCCGAGAACGACUUCGACUCCCUCCCGUCCGAGGCGACAACGGACGACGGAUCUGACACCGACGUCGGGGACGAGAGCGACGCCGAGCGAGAGUGGAGGGAGAGCUUGCAGCAGUUGGAGCUGCUGUUGACGAUGGUUGUGGUGCCGUAUGUGGGGAAGUAUUUUGGGAGGAAGUGUGCUUAUUGGGGUUGGGGGAAGUAUAUGGAGUGGAAAUACCCCGUGGAAGUGGUCAUCUCGUCGCCUCGGACAUUCAAGGCGGCCGGGCUUUUAGAAGCCGCAAGUCCGUUUUGAAAACAAGAAGAUUUGGGAUGAUACCCUUUUACCUAUUUCACCUGAAUUCCAUUGAGGUUGGCUUUAGGACUAGCUGAACCUGUGAAUGGAGUCACACCAAGCUACAUACACUGCCGGUCGCAAGGAAGUCAUUGGGAUCAUGGGCAGGCACUGACCGCGCCGGGAAAUGACCGAUCAUCUCCCUGGACGGAAUACGCCGCGUUUACGGCUCACUUUCGCACUACAGGCUACAUGUAGAUAGAUUCUAGCCUCAGUUAUAGAUUCAUUCAGGUCGAUGUAAUACAUCACGGUUGGCAGCUAAGAACCGCCACCAAGGCCUACGAUACAUAAAACCAAAUCGAUUUCAAUGGGGAAUU